UCCUCCUCAGAUCUGCUUUCCUGUCAGAGAGAUGUAGGGUCACAGGAGUGGGGAAACACCUUCCAAGGAGAGAGGGAGAGAGAGAGAGAGAGAGAGAGUUCCUCUUGGAGAGGUGAAUGGUGAGAGAACAGCAAACUUGCUUGGGACAAACUUGGAUAAAUACAUUUCUCCAAACUGAAGUCCUCAGAGGAAACAAAUACAACCCCACACGCUUGUGAACACUGUGCGUCAGAGAGAAAGCAACAGAAGAUUCUGAGUGAAAGAAGAUUUAUCCAUCACUUUGUGGAGCUUUACCAUGGGGUGAGCUCCUGCCAUCAGUGGCUUAAGGAACUUCCUGUUUAUGGCCAGCUGAGCUCCUCUGUAUCCGACUACGCCUCCAAGCAGAUCCUGGCCUCUGAUCUCUAGCCCUGGAGGGCCAGGGGGGGUCCACAGGUAGAAAAUGCGAUACUCCACCCUCUUGGCCCUGCUGGUAGGGGUCAUACUGUACCUGGUGAUGGGAGCGCUUGUCUUCCGCACCCUGGAGGCCCCCAGGGAGAGCGCUGCCUAUGAAGACCUGCUUAAAACCAAGCAAAAGUUCCUCGACAAUAACUCUUGUGUCACCGAGCAGGACUUCCUCGUGCUUGUGAAGGGAGUAGUGACUGCGGUGGACGCAGGUCUGGAUUUGAACCACCUUUCUGCCAACUUCACCAGCCGCUGGGACGUGGCCUCUGCCAUCUUCUUCUGUGGGACCAUCAUUACCACCAUAGGCUUCGGGAACCUGUCUCCUCGAACAUGGUACGGCCAGUUGUUCUGCGUGUGCUACGCCCUGGUAGGGAUCCCUAUGUUUGGCAUCCUGCUGGCUGGAGUGAGUGACCACUUGGGCACCGUGCUGCGGAGAGCUGUGGUCAAGAUCGAGACUCUCUUUCUGAAACGUAUGGUCAGACCGACCACUGUGCGUGUGAUCUCUGCGGUUCUCUCCAUCCUGAUUGGUUGUCUGAUCUUCCUCGCCGUGCCAACAGUCGUCUUUCAGAAAGUGGAGUCCUGGUCCUUUCUGGAGUCACUUUACUUUGUGGUUAUCACGCUCACCACAGUCGGCUUCGGAGACUACGUACCAGGUGGUGGUCGUGAGGAUGACGUGUUCUUCAAGCCUCUGGUGUGGUUGUGGAUAGUGUUUGGUCUCGCCUACUUUGCCUCCAUCCUCACCAUGAUAGGCAACUGGCUGAGGGUGUUGUCUAAAAGGACCCGUGCUGAGAUGGAGGAGUUGAGAGCUCAUGCCACAGACUGGACCCAGAACAUCCAGAACAUGUCCAUGGACUUCCGCAUCCCAAAUCCUCUUGAGUAUGACCCCUUCCUCCUGCAGCGCCGGCGAUGGAAGCGCAGCGAGCGACGCCGCAUCCGUCGAGGAGCCCAUUGCGCUCUGGGAUACUGGGUUCAAGGUGGAUCUGAGAAUGGGCAUCUGCCGAACCGCUGGGCCGGCCUCUCCAGCUCCAUGAGCCAGCUGGAGGCCCGUUCAACUCUGGAGAGAGCGAUGGUGGCUCAGUCCAGGCCACGGGUCAGUGCUCUCGGAGGGGGAACGGUCCCAAGAGCAGGGCAUGGACACCAAGUUGACCCGACUGUGAGUCUACAGGUGGAGGGCAGGUCAUUUCACCUGCUGGCCCGUUCUUUCUCCCUCCCUGUGGCCCACUCCAGCUCAAAGCUAGACUCAGCAGGCCCAGCAAUGCAGGGAGGAUCUCUCUCUGGAUCUGAGUCUUCAUAUGACUCCAGAUCAGACGGCUCCUCAGUUUCCUCAUCCUUUCUGGCACUGCACCAGUUCCAGCCCUGCUAUAACAUCAGCACCACGGAGAGGAAAGGAGCAAGAGGCACAGACAUGGGCACAGCACAAGAGAAAGGCAAACUGAUUCCAGCAGACAAACGUGGAUCUGUACCAAACAGUGACCACAAACAUACAUUUACGCCAGACUUCUGCCCAUGCUCCUCUUCUUCUACCCAACCUUUUCCUUCUCCAGUCCCCCCAAUUAUCCUCCCAUCCCCUCCCCUCAACACUGCCUCCACAGCCAGCUGCCAGCUACUAGAUUUCUUUGGAGAGAACCUGGCGUACAUCGACGAAUCCUCAGACGCUCUGAGUGACCGUGGCCAGUCAGCGGCGAACAUUGAAAGGAGGAAACGGCCUCGAAAACCCAAGAGGAGAAGCAUGAGGAGGCAGCUGCCACACCAGUGGAGCCCCCUACAAGCACGGAAGCCCAACUGUGACAUGCGACCUCCCUCGAACCCACCUACACCUCCUCCAGACUCUUCUCAGCCAGACCUGCCCACAACAGAGAAGCAGACAGACUCAGCUCCUCCACUCUGAUGGCUACUGCAAAAAAAACUGCACACAAUCCCAAACAAGGCUGGUUUACAGCACUCGUACACAACAACCAUAUCAAAAUUUCACUUUACAAGUCAGAUAUUAUUCAGUGCUAUUCAUGCUCAGCAAACUCAGGCCACAAACUGUGCUUUGUUACUUGGCUCUGGAAGAACACAAUAGCUUCUUGCUCUGGACUCUGUUAUUUCUUUAAAUAGAUUGUUUACACCUGCUUUGUUUCACAGACGUGUCAGCAUGAACCCGGCGCUCAUGACUCAACACAUUCUCUAUCAAGUAAAUUAACCAAUAAUUAAUGCGACGCUCGUCUGGGAAAUGUCAGGGUUUACCUGACAAAAUGUUUUUACAUAAAUCCAUAAGUGAGAGACAAAUAGGCCCUGAAGGGAAUUAUAUUUCCUUUUAAAACUGACCACACCUGGUUCACACAAGGAUUUAUUUUGUGGUUUUAAGAGGCAAUGAGUCACACCAUGAUCCAGACGUCAUUACACAUAAUUACAGUAUCUGCUCUGUUGAUCUGGCUCUUAGCCGCUGAGCUCACUUGAUUCUCCACAGAAGCGUUUAUCAGUAAAUGUCAGGUUUUAACUGGCUUUAAAUUCAGUGCAGGGUUUUUUUUUUUCUCCCCCCACUGCUUUCUAGAGCCUGGGUGGGCAAACGUGCUUGAAACUAAACUACUUCCACUUACGUCAACAUCAAAAUGAUUACACUGAUACAAAGUUUAAAGUUAAUCGCACAAAAAAGAAAGAGCAGAGGGAGGAUUUUACCCUACGAGUGCCAUAGAUGUACUAAAUGAUGGCUGUUUAACGCAGACUAAACACAGCAUGUCAAGUCGUACAUGUCUUACCACCACAACUAAUGAAACCUCUCUUGUGCAGUGAUGGUUGUCUUGUUUAUUGUAUUUUUUGACCAUCUAAUCCAAUGUUUCCUAACACUGGUCCUCAGGGAACACUGCCCUGCAUGUUUAAGCAGAGCUUGAUGACGAGCUGACCAUUUAAAUCAGGUGCGUUGGAACAGGGCAACAUCUAAAACAUGCACGGCAGUGUUCCCUGAGGACCAGGGGUUGGGAGGCAGUGAUCUUACCCAUUGGCUGACACUGUAGCGCGAAAGAGGAAGAUAUAAAAAAAUAAGGAUUUGAAAGAUUAAAGAGGGGAAACUGCAUUUUAAAAUGUUUUAUGUGGAGGCUUUGUUAGAUUUCAGGGAUGUAAACGAUGCCUUUUGAUGCCAAUCUGUGAAUGUAAACCAAAAAGUGGUCAACAUUAUAACUCUACAGGACCCCUGUAUGAAUGCACUGUAUACAAUGUACUUUAUCAGUGAGCAUUAUUCACAGGCUGAUGAUGAUAUAGUUACUGAAAACAAAAAAAGCCAAACAUACAUAUCUCUUAAUGGUUCAUUUUGGUUUUUAAUGGUGUGUUUAUUCCUUUUAUGCUCAUGGAAAAAAGAGCAUAGUUAAGUUUUAUCACACAUUUUAUAUGCAGUAUAAACGUGUGACACACUCCUGUUGUGCAGUGGAAGUGAAAUGACUUGAACCCUGAGCGUCCUGGAUGAACUCAGUUUCUGGUGGAUGUGGGAUAAACAGUCACUUCCUGCUAACUCAGAACCAGGAGCUACGACACGAGGCCAUCAUGGCAGCGCGCCGUCCACCAGAGCCAAAAUAAGUAACUCACUGACUCCGCACUCAUUUUCAGGAUCCCACAUAUUUUGUAAUUUGUUGACAGUGGGCAGGAGAAAGAUUGUCACUUGGCUCUACACUGAUGCGCUGACCAUGACCCGCAGUAUUGUGUGACUCCUGACCUGAAGGACAUAUUUCAUCUUUCACUGUUUUCUUUACAUUUUAAAUUCAGUGAGUUUAGACUUAAAGUGUGCCUAUAAAAACUCCAAACAACAAAUAA